CUGAAAACGGCAUUUGUGAAGGGCUGCCAUUUUACCGAGUUUACGUGCAUGAUGGGGAUCAAAGUGGUUCAGCUCACAUCAAAUUCACAUCAUGAAAACAUUCUGGCUUCUCUGCAUGAUCUGAGGCUGCAAGGACAAAUGUGUGAUGUCACAGUGCAGGUGGACUACCAGGGCAGUUUGCAAGAAUUUCAGGCCCACCAGGUGAUACUGGCAGCAUCCAGUGGCUACUUCAAAAAGAUUUUCCUGUGUGAGGAUGCAACCCAGGAUAAAUUAAUGCUGUCAAACAUGAAAUUUGAUGAUUUCUCCAAGUUUUUGGAAUUUGUUUACACUGGUAAGGUUGAGGUGCCCAGGAACAAGAUCUGCGAUGUCCAAGCAAUGGCCCAAAUUUUGGACUGUGAGGGUCUCUCAGAGGUCUGUGGUAACGCUUUGAGUGCUGGAGUUCUACAAAAGCCCAGAGGGAAAACGUCUGCGUCAAAGGUUGAAGCUCCUGUUGAACUACAUGGUGCAAAGGAAGAGAAGUCCAAAGAGAAGAAAACUCUCAAAAGCUUAUUUUGUAAGCGACAGCUCUCUUCCGUGACCUCUGACAAGGAAGUCGUUAAAAAAAAACUCAUGGUGCAACGGACCCUGAAUGAAACGAGACGAGGAAAAAGGCUGAAGCUGAAGCUGGCAGGCCAUAAAGUGCUUCAGAGGCAAUGGUAUUCUCCAAAAGAGGCUCCCAGCAGUGAGAGUCAAGCUGGCAACAUUGCAACAGAGGAUUGUGAGAACAGGACAGAGGACGAGGCCCCGCCGGAAAAGGAAAAAGAUAAAGGGGAGGAGGGGAGGUCUUUGCUCGGGAAGCUCUCCUCCGAUGUGGAUGACUGGGACUGUGAGGAGGUUUCUCAAGACUCUUUGCUCUUACUGGAGGAGAAAGAGGACGAGGCAGAGGAGGGUCAGUCAGCGGGGAAAUUGAAAAAAAUAUCAAAGGCCCAGUUCCAGUGCGACAAAUGCCAGCGGACUUUCCACUACGAGAGAAGCUACUUGAAGCACAUCAGUACGUACCAUGGAGUGAAAGCUGACGUCAUCUACCGCUGCGAGACCUGCAAUCAGAACUUUGCGAACCGCAGCAACCUGAAGAUCCACGAAAAGCACGUUCACAGUAACGAGAGGCUCUUUGUCUGCGAGUCCUGCUCAAAGACCUUCAAACGAAAGAAGGACGUUGUCCGGCAUCAGCGGCAGGUGCACGAGCGAAACAUGCAACAUGUUUGUCCUUCGUGCGGGAAGGCGCUCAGCUCCAAAGCGGCCCUGCUGAUGCACGAGAGGACGCACACGGGCACCAAGCCGUACGAGUGUGGCGACUGCGGGGCCAGAUUUACUCAAAACUCUGCCCUCAAGAUGCACCGCAGGACGCACACGGGAGAGAAGCCAUUUGCAUGUGAUGAAUGUGACGCUCGCUUCACUCAGAAACACAUGUUGGCAUAUCACAAGAGGUCACACUCAGGAGAGAAACCAUUUAUGUGUGAGGCCUGCGGGAAAAGCUUUGCAUCCAAGGAGUACCUGAGACACCACUCAAACAUCCACACCGGGUCCAGGCCGUACCACUGCGAGCAGUGUGGUCGAGGCUUCGCCCAGAGGAACUCUCUCAACCAGCAUCUAAAAAUACACACAGGUGAACGCCCAUACAGCUGCAAAGAAUGUGACAAACAGUUCACGCAGCUCAACGCGCUCCAAAGGCACCAGCGUAUUCACACCGGGGAGAGGCCCUACAUGUGCAGCCUCUGUAAACGCACCUUUGCGGACAAGUCCACCCUGCGCAGGCACACCAUGAUUCACGACUCGGACGCCCCGUGGAAGACCUACCUGGUGGUGCUGGAGGGAAACGUGGAGGAGAAGAAGCCCAGGUUUUCCAACAAGGAGAAGCCAGAGACAGCCGCCUCGGCAGAGAGAAAGAUCCCCGACGCCACCGGGUCCAGCGUCCCCGAAACCGCCGCCGCCACAGCUGGCUCUGGUGUGGAAGCUGCAAAAAUCCCCACCGAGUCCAUCGUGGUUCCAGCAGAGCCGGUCACUCUGCCCUCUGACUGGACCGGCCACGGCGCCAUUGCGCUGGUCAGCCACGGCGCUCUGGGCAGCAUCACCGUCUUUCACACAGAGGUCCCACCGGGGACGCAGAUGCAGCCAGUAGUGGCCACAAACGGACUGGGAGCAAACCUCAUCUCCUUGGACGGCUCGACCAUCCGCGUCCCCUUUUCCAUACCAGUGUCUGUGAGUUGCCCCGUUACUGCGUGCUCCCAGGCCUCCUCCACCUCCCUGUCCGUGUCCACCCUCUCAGCCCCGGUCACCGACACCUUGUUAGCAUCGGUCUCGGACAUCCCAGUGGUCUCUACAUCAUCUGUGCUGGAAGCCGCUGCCUCCCAGACUAUUCUGGCUCCAGCUCCAGAGAACAAAACAGUGUCUGAGGCCGACGCUCUACAGCCGGACAUACAGACUGUGAUUAUUGAAGACAAGGUUUGCGAGAGCCAACCGAACACACAUUGCCCAAAAUGA